ACAGAGUACAGAGUACACUCCACAGCUUACGCCACCCGGGCUGUCGGCACUCAGCUCAAGCAGCACAAGCAAAGCAAUCGUCAGCUCGCGCGCUCCCUGCCGGAAUAGUGCCGGCUAUCUGCUAGAUCGAUGACGGCAUUCACAGCUCUCGUUCUGGUCGCCACCGCCUUCUUCGUGUUGAGCGGCGGCGCCAGCGCCACCCCGGAGACGACGUGCAGGGCGGCUGCAGACCGCGACAGGCGUGUGGACUACCGCUUCUGCGUGUCGAGGCUGAGCCACCACCACGACAGUCCCGACGCGGACACCUGGGGCCUGGCCAAGGUGGCCGCCGACGUGGGCGUCGCCAUCGCCGGCGAAGCCGUCUACGACAUCAAGGGCAUGCUGUCCAAGCCGCCGACGGGCGCCAGGGCGCGGGCGGCGCUGUCGCGGUGCGCGGAGCUGUACGACGCGGCGGGGUUCGCGUUCGCGGAGGCGUACGACGGGAUCAACCGGCGGGACUACGCGGCGGGGAAGGAGAAGGCCGCGGAGGCGGGGUCCCUCGCGCGCCGGUGCGACGACGCCUUCGCGCAGGCCGGCGUACCCCGGUCGCCGCUCGCGCGGCACGGCGCGGAGUCCGUGCAGAUAGCGAUCGUCUGCACGGCCAUCACCAACCUCAUCAAGUGAUCAUGCUAGUUGGAUCGAUCGCCGACUCCGUCGCGACCUGUCUGUUGAAGUUUGUAAUCCUGUCACAUUUAUCUCGUAGGUUUAUUUCCAGCAAAAUAAAACCGGUCCAUGCAGCGUGAGCUUGUUCACGACUUGGCCGGAUCAGUAGCUAGUUAGGUAUGCAUGCCGUUGCGUUCAGCUUGUGGGAUGGCACGAGUACUGGCUGUAACAGCAUAGCCUUGGGCAUGGUCAAGGGACGUGGGAUGGCACGUCCGCAUAGCUUGGCCAUGGCGCAAGUAUAGGAUCGUUCGGUUAGUCAGUUGAGCUAAUGAGCUGUUUAAAUAAAGAAGAGAACAGAACAGAAAAGCUAUAACAUAUUUGCGC